ACUUAGUCCUUCCCCGCUAACCUCUGCUUCUCUGGAAAACUCUGUUACUGUAAGCUCUUUUGCGCGCCUGUCUUUUCGAUUCCAGCUUACUCUAUGGGUGAAAAUUAAAAGUUCAUUUUUUUUUCGUCUGUGAUUGGCUCUGACUUUGAUGCUUUCUUUGGUGCCAUCGCUUUGUUUAUUCUGAGAAAUUUAUUGAGAGAUUGGCGAUGUGUGGAAUAAUUCACGAGCGUGUUUUUGAAUUGGAUUUUCGUUUUGAGUUUUGUUCUGGUUUUUCUAGCGAUGUUUGAUUGGAACGACGAAGAGCUUACAGAUAUAAUAUGGGAUGAGGCUGCUGAGAGCGAUGACCAUAUUGUUCCAUAUCCAGAGGCAAGUGGAGACUUUUGCAAAAAGAAGAAAUGGAGCCAAGAAGCUAAUAACAUCAAGUCUAAUGAGCAGAAAGCAACUGGCACUAAAAUUGAUAUCCAUGGCAGAAAGCUGCAAAGCAGUUCAAAUUUUGAUUCCAGUGAAGGAGCUUCUACCUUGGGAUUUGGCAUAGACUCAUGGCCCAACUUGUCCUUAUCAACUGCUGCCAAAACUCACCAGGAGUCCUUGGAUACGUCAGUAUCUAAUAAUUUAACUGAAAUUACAAAAUUUGAUUCUUCUGGAGGUGCAGAUGCAGUUCAACUUGAUAAGGAAGCUGGAACUUUUCAAAAAGAUAAAGAACAAGGUGAUUUUGUUGAUUAUGGCUGGGCUAACAUUGGAAGCUUUGAUGACCUUGAUCGAAUUUUCAGCAAUGAUGAUCCCAUAUUUGGCUCUGUAACUCUCAGUAGUGGUGAUGAGCUUUGGUCUUCUUCCAAAGAUGUAACCAACAGUCCGGGAAAGUCCUUUCCUAUUUAUGCAGACUCUCCACCUUUGGGGUUGGGACCUUUAAGGAAUACAUUUGAGAAUUUUGAGAUUAAAACUGAGUAUGUACAAGAAGAUGAUGAGCCAUUUACACUCGACUAUGGGAAAGUGAACGAUCCUGCAUCUCACGUUGUGCAGAAUGCAUGUGCUGUCCUGGAUCAUGUAGAAUAUGCUGGAGGUAAAAAUAAGCCCAUGAUGAAGGAACAGAGGGAUUUGACUGUCAUGGGAAAGAACACUACAGCAAACUCUCAGCUUACUGCUGAAAAUGUUGUCUCAUCAAAUCAAUUGGCGGAUAAGGUUUAUAAGCACAAAAAACCCUUGAAAAGUCGGAAAAAGCUGGAAGAACAACAUGAAUUAACACCUUAUCAAGAUAUGUAUGGUGACUGGUCUUCAGCUGGCAACUUACCUGGCCAAUUCAAGAAUCAAUUUGCUCCCACCAUUUUACAUUCUUCACCAUCCAUUCUUGGUCAACCAAGGCCACUACAAGGAUGUGAAUCAUUGCAGUAUCAACAGAUUUCAAACCCAUUAGUGGCCUCUUCUUCAUAUGGGACUGUUACAAAUCCAUAUUCUGCCAUGCCUGUGCUAUCGCACAUUCAAUCUAGGGAAUUGAAGCGGCAAUCUUUGCUUUCUGGUUAUGAAGUUUCUUCAGGUAAUGCAAAUGCUGUAAAGAAGUUAGCCGACUCACCAGUGAAACGUCAGGCCAUGACACCUCAAGAAAAAAUUGAAAAAUUAAGAAAACGGCAGCAAAUGCAGGCGAUGCUUGCUAUUCAGAAACAGCAGCAGCAGUUUGGUCACCAAGUUUCCUGUUGUGAUCAUUCUAUCACUCAAAAACAUUCCCAAGAAAAUCAAACCCAGCAUGUUGAGGGAGCUGACCUAGAGGUGGAGGAUUUGACCACUUUUCCUGCUUUCGAUCCAAACUCGCCUGUUGAACAAGAUGAUUCCAAUACAAUCUCUCUGGCAGUUAAUGAUUACUCAGCAGAGGAUACUGUGCUCUACCGACUUCAGGAUAUUAUUGCAAAGCUGGAUGUCAGAAUUAGACUUUGCAUACGGGAUAGCUUGUUCCGACUGGCUCAAAGCGCAAUGCAAAGGCAUUAUGCUAGUGAUACUAGCAGUACCAACAAUAGUAGCAGGGAUGAGCAGGUUGUUGCAAAAGAGGAAACCAGUGGUCAUAACAGGAAUUCUAAGAUACCUGAAGCAGAAACGGAGACCAAUCCCUUAGAUCGAACUGUGGCUCAUUUGCUGUUUCAAAGACCUUUGGAGUUGUCAGGAAAACAUCCUGACACACCUGAUUCACCCGCUUCUUCUAUGCUACCAAGUGAACAGAAGGCAUUAGGCAUAGCAAAACCGUCAAUGGGGUGCUUGCCUGAGAUUGUAAAAAGCAGGAAGAUCUAUCCUCACCAGUGUAAAAGUAGUGUUUGCAUUGACAACACCGAUAAUGCAUCGAACAACGGGUCUGCUGAUGCGGGAGUGGAGGAAAUAGAAGCCUCUCAAUGAAAAAAUUAGGCACUUGUGAUUUUCAUAAGGGUAAUUCCUUCCUUUAUCUCUUCCAUGCUUGUCUUGCUGAUGUUGACAAUAUGUAUGGAUUUACUGGUAAUGCGGAGCUUUUCUUUUAUUGUCAGCCCAAGUUUAAUAUUUGUCAAGUGGGAAUUUGAAAUUCCUCGAGGACUCAAUGCAGCUUGAAAUGGAAGAAAUAUGCACGUUGGAAGUAUAUUAUAUAUAGUGUGAUAUAAGUAGUUAUUUACCGUUUGAACAUUUGACAGUUCUUUAUCCUAAAACUACAAGUUAUCAAAGUUGUUAGACUCCUAAGUUUGUGUGCUUUGGUCCAUUCUGACGUUGUGUGAAAGGCUGAAGCUACUUAAUGACGCCUUGAAUAAGUCUUAGAUGACAUGAUGUGGACUCCUCAGAGUGACAAUGGCCUGCUCUGUGUUCUCAACUUUCUGAACCCCAUUUGCAAACAUUAUUAUACAUCCUCAUUUUGAAA